UCAAGAAUUGAAGCUCUCGUAGGUUGCCUGCUGCACCAGCAAAUUAAAAGCCUUACUCUGAUGGGACUGAGAGACAUAGAAUUCACGUUGCCACCAGGGUUCAGGUUCUACCCCAGCGAUGAGGAGCUGGUCUGUCACUAUCUCUACAAGAAGGUGAUCAACGAAAGCACCUCGGAGGCGACCAUGGUGGAGGUGGAUCUGCACACUCGCGAGCCAUGGGAGCUUCCAGAUGUGGCUAAGCUGGGCGCCGACGAGUGGUACUUCUUCAGCUUCCGCGACCGCAAGUACGCCACCGGAUCGCGCACGAAUCGGGCGACCAGAUCUGGUUACUGGAAAGCUACCGGGAAAGAUAGAACGGUUUACGAGCCGAGCACGCAUGCGAAGGUUGGGAUGAGGAAGACGCUGGUGUUCUACGGAGGUAGAGCUCCCAAUGGAAUAAAGUCUGGCUGGAUCAUGCAUGAGUUCCGAAUGGAGAACCCUCAUUCACCCCCUAAGGAGGACUGGGUUCUUUGUCGGGUGUUUAAGAAAAGCAAAGGGGAGGCUGAGCACGAGAACACUGGUUCUUCUUCUCCCACCUUGAGGUCAUCUUCUUCGCCACUGGACCUCCUUAUGCCAGAUGUUGUGUGCCAUGAACAGUUGGGUUCAUCAUUCUCCACACUCCCACGGCAAGAAGACAGCAGCUCAAACCCCUUUAUGAACAUGGCAAUGCUGCAGUGCAACCUGCUUGACUUCCCACAGGAGAUCAUGGGAAGCACGGCGAUGGUGGGGAUGAGCUCAAGCUGUGAGGGUGAGAUUGGAUGCCUGAUGGAGUUGGGAUUCGGGCAUGGUUUUGGGGAAGCAGGAAUGGCGAGGUUGGAUGCUACAGCAGGCUUCUGGAUGGACAAGAUGAGUGAUUGAACACCUAGAGAUGUUGAAUGAAUGCAUUAUUGUAGUGAGUUGUAUUAUGUGUAAAUUAAUGUUUAUAUAUUCUUUAUUUUAUGGAAGGGAUAAGAAAAUUAAGAGUUUCUUUUUUCA